GUAAGCAGUAACGGCUGCGGCUGCCGUGAGGUCAGUUCACGGCUGCGGCAGCCGAGUAGCUUGCGUCGCUGGGACGGCGCGGCGGCGAGUUGGUGAGUGAGAGACGCAGACGUUGCCCCGCCAUGUGGCUGUGGUACAGUCUGGUGCUGCUCGCAGUGGCUGCCGCGUUGUUUCUCCUCUACCUGUACUCCGUCAACCAGCACUGGAGGAAACUGGGGAUCGCGCACCCCAGGCCGCAGCUCUUCUUUGGAAACACCCGCCGCCUGUUCCUCCUCAAGGAAUGCCUCCCAGAGGCGCUGGACCGCGUCUACCACCAGCUGGAGGGACUGCCGUUCGGAGGCUUCUACCUCAUGACGAGGCCGUGUCUUCUUCUGAGGGACGUCAACCUCAUCAACAGAAUCUUUGUCGGAGACUUUGGACAUUUUCACGACAGGAUGAACUUCCCGCAAUACAAAAAGGACCCGAUGAUGCAACACUUGUGCACCAUGGGCGGCUCCAUGUGGAAGGAGAUGCGGCUCCGCAUGUCGCAGGUGUUUUCGGUGGGCCACACGCGCCGCGUCUUCUUCAUGGUGCAGGAGUGCUGCUCGCACCUCCAGAAGUCCGUGGAGGCGGCCAUCCGGCGCCAGCCCGGUUGCGAAGUGGAGCUCAAGGGUCUGGUCACCUCGUUCACCACUGACGUCAUCGGAGUGUACGCCUUCGGAAUCGAGUGUGGCGCAAUUGAUGACGCCAACUCGCAGUUCCGUCGCAUCAGCAGCAUGGUGUUUGACACUUCGGCCACCAAUGCAUUUCGGCAGAUUCUCUUCCUGAUUUUGCCAGCACUUGCCGCUCUCCCCGGGAUGAGCUUCUUUUCUACGGCCGUGACGGAGUUCUUCGACAGAAUCUCAGCGGAAACUGUGCAGUACAGGGUGAAGAAUAAAGUCCUCCGCGAUGACCUAGUUCACCUGAUGAUGACGCUGAAACAGAAAGGGCUCCUGGUCACGGAGGAAGGAGAGUCUAUAGAAAUCAGCGACAAGUUUAUGGCAGCGCAGCUGCACAUAGUGUUCGCACUCGGCUUCGAGAUGACUUCCACGGCGAUGAGCUUCUGCCUGCACGAGCUGGCCAUGAACCCAGGAGUGCAGACCAAGGCGCGAGUCGAGGUAGACGCAGUACUCAGCCGACACGGUGGCGAAAUCACGUACGAAGCACUCCAGGAGAUGCGGUACCUGGACAUGGUGGUUGCUGAGACUCUGCGCCUGUACCCGCCACUGGGCUUCCUAAUGCGGCAGUGUACUGUGCCGUACCAGGUGCCGGGCAGCGACCUGCGCCUGCGCGUGGGGGACGUGGUGUACGUGCCGCUGCUGUCGCUGCACCGCGACCCGCGCCUCUUCCCUGAGCCGCUGCGCUUCAACCCGGAGCGCUUCAGCGGCGGCCACGCCCGCCCAGCCUACCUGCCGUUUGGCGCCGGACCAAGAACCUGUCUCGGUCAGACGUUCUCUCUGGUCGAGGUGAAAGCUGGGCUGGCGGCUCUGCUGUCGCGCUUCGAGUUCUGGCGGUGCGCGCGCUCAGCUGGCAGUCCAAUCCCGUUGGAGCCUCGCAAGAUCAUCCUGGCGGCAGCCAAUGGGCUGUAUGUCCGAGUCACACCCAGAGCGUGGCUGCCUGUCAACUGAGCGCCUGAAGAUACGCAACAGUUCAGAAACGUUGCGCUGCUAUUUCGGGCAUCUCUGUUACGUCUGUCCUAGUAGUCGGAGGCAGGUGACACAUUUGUACCAUAACCAGGCUGUUACUGGCGCUUACAUAAUAAACUGAAGAUGUGUUAUAGCACAGGUAUAAGCUGUUAUGGCAUACCUGUCCCCCUAGAGUAAUUUGAGAUUGUACUAGCAUCACAGAGGGUGAAACUUACGUAUGUAGGUCCAUGAAGUGAGCGUCUCACAACGACAAAGCUGGAGAAAUGCGUAUGUCAAAAAAAUACAACAGCUGGUGCCACUCA